AUGAACCAUGUUAUACUAUCUCAUUCCUACAAUAAUAGGAACAAAGAUUCUAACAUGCAGCAGACUAAUACGCCCAUAUUCCUUCGAAUAAGCUCUGCAUUCACCACGGAGUCUGCAUCUACUCUCCUCGUUGCCACUGCGAACGCUGCUGUACUCAAACGCAACUUGAUACUUAAACCGUUCAAAGUUGAGUACGAGAGACUAUACAUGAUUAUGAAAGAGCAAAACGAUAAUCAUUCGCGCUUAGUGAAAACGUGUAAAGAAUUAACGGCUGAAAUUGCCACCAGUUCUAACAAAAUCCAAUCAGCGACAAAAGUGAGAGAGGCGAGUGCGAAGAUUCUCGAGGAACUCAGGAAAGAAAAGACGGCUCUCGAAGACGACUCGAAAGCGUCGGAAGAGCGCCAGAAAAAGGAAAUCGAAAAUAUGGAAAGUUCUCGCGAAGAGGCUAAAUAUCUACGCCAACAGAUGAGGCAAUUCAACGACGCUAGAGAUGCUGCGACUGAUGAACAAGGGACGACGCCAUUCGUAAUCUCCCAACUACAAGUGCUUCAAAAAGAGAGCAAACAACUCGAGGAUUUAGAAAAAGAGAUCGCCACGCUGAAUCGAGAUACUUCUGAGUGCGACUCCAUCACAGUGGCACUCAAACAGCAGGAAAAAGAAACAAAAAAGAAAACGGACAACAUUCGAGAGUCUCUGAAUAAACUGCGAACAGAACGCAAGGAAUCUGAAUCCACUUUGGCGAGCAAACGAUCAUUCACCCAACGUCAAAGAGAAAAACGAAAUUCAACAGCACAAGAGGUGAAGCAGGGAAGGUUGGAACUCAGCAGAAUCAGAAUUGAAAGGGAAACUGCUGAGCGACAACUUCAUGAGAUAGAGGAGACACUCAAAGAUGAACAGGGCACUGUAAGAGAAAUGCUCAGAGAGGAAGAACGACUCGAUAAAUUGUAUAAAAGUGUCAUCGAGGAGAAGGAAAAGUUAGAUAGAGAACUGAGGAAAGAACUCAGCAAAGUUGAUAAAAUAAUGCAAGACAACGCGGACAAGGAAACGGAAAUUCGCACGAAAAACGAAGAGAUCGACUCCGUGAAUAAAAGCAUUCGAGGAUUGAAAAAUCUCAUCAGUUUAUGCCAAGAGAGAACAGAGACGACGAAAAACGAAAUUGAAAGGCUCGAUAAGGAAAAGCAAGUGAAUAAAGAGCGACUAAUCGAACAGCAAUCAGCUAACCAACACUCGAAACACCGAUUCGAUGCUCGUAAAAAACGUGUAGAAGAUCUGAUCAAAGAAAGAGAUCUUCUCAAUAAGGACGUGCUCAAAUAUGCCGUGGAACUCUCAGAGGAGCACGCGAAAUACUUUGCUGCUCUUGAUGAAGUAAAAGCGAGAGAAGCGAGGGUUUCUGAGAUAGAGAAGAUGGUGGAAAAAGAAGAGGAGAAACUUCAACAACAGCAAGCACUUUACGAUUCAGUUCGAGCAGAUAGGAAUUUGUAUUCUAAGAGCUUGAUCGAUUGCAACGCGGAAAUCGAGGAAAUGAAGAGAAAGUUUAAAAUAGCAUUUCACAGGAUUGAGCAAGUGAACAGUGAAGUGAGGAAAAAAGAGGCGAAAAUUGUGAAUGUGGAUCUCGAGAGAACGAGAAUUGCCCGAGGAAAUGAUAGAAUUAAAGAAAGCCUCGACAGUGGCUUGGAAAGAAUACAAGGACUUAAAUGCAUUGUUGAUGUACAAAAAGGAGAAUCUGAGAAACUCAAAGUGGUUAUGGAAGAGGCAGAAGGGGAGGUGACCAAUUACGAGAAGGCGCUCGAAUCGGUGGUGUCAGAGCGUGAACUGCUCGAAAAGCAACUGUCGAACCGUGAGGCUGAGGUGAAGAAGAUGUAUGAGAAAAUACGUCUGCUGGAAUCCGACUUGCGUCAAGGAGACACUACAUUCAAUGGCCUGUUGAAAGAUCGUCGGGGUGUUGAUCGACAACUACUUGCAUUGCGAAGAGAAAUAAAUGAUAUGAAACUAGAAGUUGCCGAAGGGAAAUCACUGUUUCAACAGAAGAUGCGUUUGAGCAAAGAAAUACAGGCGGAGGUUCUCAAGUGCAGUAAGCUCCAACAGGAGCUUGAGAAACCGAUGAAUAUUCACCGUUGGCGAAGACUCGAGAGUUCGGACUUGAAGACAUUUGAGGCGUUGAAGAGGAUUCGUGAAUUGCAGCAUAGACUGAUUCAAGCACAGGAGAAAGUUGUUGAGAAAGAGAAGGAAAUCAGCAAAAAAGAGUCGGAAUUCAUGUCACUGAAAACCGCGCUGCAGAGGCAACCUGGACCAGAGAUCCAUGACCAGAUACUGCUACUUCAACAAGCGGUGAAGGAUAAGCAAGGUCAGCUGACGGCACUUGAGAGGAGCAUGAGAGGGUUCCGAGAGCAAUGUGAUGAGAACAGCGCUGAGGUGAAGAGACUGGAGAAGCAGAGGAAGGAAAUGAAUGACGAGUUUAUCGAGAAGUGUAAGGACGAUAUGGCCUGA